CUUUAACUGUCAGCUAACUAUCUGAUGUGUAACAUUUCAUAUAGGAAGUUAUUCCAACAUACUCUGACCGCAUCAGCAUGUCGUUGUCCACGGCGUUAAUACCGCAGCAGCGACAGCCAUGCAAUCGGAAGAGCGCCCAGAUCUUUGCCAGAAUCUUCGAGCAGCGCUAUGGUAACUGGAGUUAUAUGAAAAGCCGCAGCAUUUGCCGGACCACGGCCGUUGUCGAGCAGCAGGCUAGCGGCCUUGUUAGAUGUGUCAACCAGGUGGGCAUCCAAUUGCAGACGCAGCGAAGUGCCAGCCUUUUGGCGCUCCAACGACAACAAUUGCUGGCUGUGCACAACGAGGAUUAUCGCAUCUACCCGCAAAGCGUCGAUUUGGACGCGUUCUUUGGAGAGGAGCAAAAGUGUGAGAAGGUAUCGGAUGUUUGCCUGCUCAACGAUCACUUUAUGCUGGUCAAGAUGCCGCAGGAGCAGCUGGCCAAGGAGUUCCAGCCAGCGGCUGUCGAGCUGCAGCGCAAACUGGGCUCCCGGCUGCCGCGUUGCUUUAAAUGCUAUCGCGGCAGCCGUGUUUCGCCCAUCUUGGAGGAGCAGGAUGCCUCCUCACCAACUGACUAUAGACCCUGGAACUCUUACGAUCAUGAGGACGUCGAGGUCUUUGCCUCAAGCACGCGCAUUGUACCCGCUUAUGGCCAGCAACAAAUGCCGACCAGUUCCACGCCCGCCUCCAAAUCUGUGCCGGAGUCCGUCAUAGUGGAGCAGCCGCUGCCACAGCGGAGCGCGCUUCCUGCACCAAUGCAGCUGCAAUUGGAGACGCUUCAAUCGCCGCCGCCAGCUGAUGCAUCUGCACAUGCCAGCAGCCGCGGCCCGCUGCACUGGUUCCUCUGGCCCUUCCGGCGGCGCCUUGCCAGCCGGCCCAGAGCCCAACUGGCCGCCGUGCACAAGACCUACUUUGUCAGUUGGAACAAGCCGCCGGAUACGCUCUGGCAUGGCUAUGGCGUGGAGCGUGCCCGGGUGGAUAAAGUUGUACUGCGGCGCUGCCGUUCCGCCAUAUUUUAAAGAAUUUCUACCAAAGCUUGUGUAUAUUUUGUAUAUAUUGGGGAAGGCGAGGCUCAAGCCUCAAAUCGGCCAACACAACCAAAAGGUUUAAUAAAAUAAAGAGAAAA